CUCGCAAGCCUUGCAUUUACAUCAACUCUGUUCCUUCCCCCUGCUUCCUCCAUACUUCCAUAACUUCCUCCCUCCUUUCCGGCUUUACCCUUUUCCUCUCUCUCUCUCUCUCUCUCUCUCUCUCUUUCGUGCUUUCUUUUGGUCGGGAGCGAGCUUGGGACACGCAUAACAAUGGAAGCUCCCGACAGGGCCGCGGAUAAAGCGGAAGCCGAUGCCAUCUCGCAUGAAGUGACUGUCGCCCUGCCUCCUCCGCCCACGGUCGAUAAUGCGGCGAGAACAGGUGAACAAUCCCCGCAAGCUCCUCACUGGAGGCGACAAAACCUCUUCCUCGACAUACCUUCGCGAAAGAAUGUAGCUUCUCGAGACGCUCACGUGAUAGCAAUGCCGAUAACGCCGAGCCCCACGCCCAAGAGAGUGAAUUUCCUCUUGACGCCGAAUUCCAGUUCUAGCAGGGCAAGAGUUAAUGGAUCGCCCGGUCCCUCUUCUUCUAGAAGCAAAUCACCUUUCAAAAGUCUUUUGCCAAGAUUAAGCUUCUUGUAUCGGAGUCCCUCGAGUGAUAUUGAGAAAGCUGCCAACAUGGUGGAAGGAGCGUCGCCAAACGCCUCGCAAGAAAAGGCUUCUAUCUCACGGUCGUCGUCACUUACGAGGAUGUUCACUCCAAGAAUUAGGAGAACUUCGUCGCUGCCAGUUACUCCAGUAACUAAUUCAAGUCGGGAAUCUACACAAGAUCAAAUUGCCUGUGCUGCUCCGCAUCCAACUAGAAAAGGAGUGCAGAAACAGAUAUCUCGAUCUCUCUCAGUCCCUCUCAACAAAGAAAGAAGCAUUAAAAGGAUGGAUUCUUUCUUCCGCGUGAUACCUUCCACUCCUCGUGUUAUAGAAGGAAGUGCUGAGUCCAAUACAUCAACAAGCGAUCCUGAAAAUGAUGAUGAUGGCGAAGACAUACUGGAGGAAGAGGCCGUUUGCAGAAUUUGUCUGGUUGAGUUAUGUGAAGGAGGUGAGACCCUUAAGAUGGAAUGCAGCUGCAAAGGCGAAAUGGCUCUCGCCCACAAAGAAUGCGCCAUCAAAUGGUUUAGCAUCAAAGGUAACAAAACCUGCGAUGUGUGCAAACAAGAAGUUCAGAAUCUGCCAGUCACCCUGUUACGUAUUCAAAGUUUACCAACGUGGAAUACUGGAGCCAGUAGAGUUCAGCCGAUGGAACUCCAUGGAUACCGCAUGUGGCAGGAAGUUCCCGUGCUCGUCAUCGUCAGCAUGCUUGCCUACUUUUGUUUCCUCGAGCAGCUACUGGUUGGAAAAAUGGGUACCAAUGCAAUCGCUAUAUCGCUGCCAUUUUCUUGUCUCUUGGGUCUUCUGUCAUCCAUGACUUCAUCGACUAUGGUGAAAAGCCAAUACGUUUGGAUCUACGCAUCAUUCCAGUUCUCCAUGGUGGUGCUCUUUGCUCACAUGUUUUACACCUUGGUUCGGCUGCAACCAAUCUUAGCGGUCCUCUUUGCGACGUUUGCUGGUUUUGGGAUCGCAAUGAGCGUGAGCUCCAUCAUCGUGGAGUUCCUGAGGUGGAGAAGAAGACGGAACGCCCGUUCAGCACAGUCACACGUUUCGCAAGCGGUUCCCCAGCCGGGUCAAUACACCAGAACCAUGAUUCCGCCGCGAUUAGACCCACUUUACAGUCACCAGACCGAACUAACCAGUCCAGGGCCAGAUCAAUGGAGAUGGAGUUGAAGCAACGAGGAACGACGUAUGCAGCAAGAAAUUACUUGCUGACUCAAGUCGGCUUCCCGGUAGCCUUCCUCGUUCGUUAGUUCGUACGACAUGGAAUUGUUUCAUUUCCCCAAACGACGAACACCGUAUACGAUUACACAUGGAAAUGAAAGAUCGACAAUGCGUUGUCUCGGUUGCUUGCAGCAAACUUCUGCACUUUCCCAAGAGAAAAACUAAUCGCGGUUGCCUGCAUAUUUGUUUGGGCGGAUUGGUUCUCCUCUAGACUUUGAUGUUGUUCUGGCUCAUAGGUGUUCUAAUCCUAUAGUUUGUGUCACGGCCGCGGAAUUUUUUUUUUUUUUUACCGGUGAUUGUUGAACAGAAUGGUUAUGUCUGAUUAACCAAAAGAUAUAGAAACGCCAAGGACAAUUAUAACUUGA